CAGACAACGCCCGUUUGCUUGCAGCACUUGGAAGGGUUACAUAGCUGGCUAAAGGCCUGACACAUUGGCUUCAGCCGAGACGACCCAUAAGUAUGUUUACAAGGCAAAAUGUACCAACAUAACGUUUCUUAGCCCUUACGGCCUUCACUGGAGUUGUCGUUUCUGCUUCUGUACGUGGCAAAGUUCGAUAUGCAAGCCGCAAAAAUUUGUGUGGACCUUACCUUGGGCGAUUCGGAUGAGGAUGGUUGCCUGAACGCCUCAAAGCUCAAUGGUCGUGCUGGACAUCCCAAGCGUCCUUCAAUGGCGGGACCCACGGCAUCACCGGCGACAGCUGCAACCGUGAACCCAACCAAGACCACCCUCAUGCGGCCGCCCACCAGCACACCAAGCACAGCUCAACGGCGGCAGCGGCAAGCCACGCUACACGACUGCAUGAGCCCACGCAGCGGUGUGACCCGUGCCCUCCUGCCCUCCCCGGGCCUCUCCAUCGCCAUUGCCGCCGCAGCCAGUCCCACAUCCCAGCCCAACCCACCCGCCUCACCCGCACCCCCAACUCCGACCACCGCGCCACGCCCCGACAGCUGCAACACCCCUGCUCCCAACAAGACCAGCCUCCUCAACGCCCCGGUACCGCAGCCUCUGCACCCUCCUUCAGUCCCCCCAAGCGCCAUGGCCGCUUCCGCACCCAUGCUGCACACCCCGGCAGCGGCGGGCGGUCCUUCAGCCACGCGGAUGCGGGCGCAGGUAGCCCCUGCAGCCGCUGCUGGGAGUACCGCCGCUGCCGCCGGCUCGCCGCAUCCCACCCCGGCAGCUACAACAGCAACAGCAGCAACAGGAACAGCUGCGCCCAAGGCCAAGACAAAGCGCAAGCUCAACGUGACGUCCCCCCCUGCUGGCCUACCGGGAGCCGCUGCCGGCGUCGGUGCCGCCAGCAGGGGCGGUGCUGGAGGAGGUGGUUCCGGCGGGCAGCAGCUGCCGGCGUGCCCCCACCCCGGCGCUGGGAGCAACGCCGCUGCUAUCAGCCCGGCUGCAAGGGGGAAGGCGGACGUCGGUCAGCGUGUGGGGCCGCAGCCGCAGCCUCAGGCGCAGCACCCCCAGGAACGAGUUACACAGGAACCCGACAAGCUCCAGCCUGCUGCCGGCGUGCGACAGCAGCAGCAGCCCGGGCCAGGGCUGGUGCACGUGCGGCGGCGGCUGCAGCUGGAGGGAGGGAAGGAGCAGCAGCAGCUGCAAGAGGAUGGGGGAAGGGAGGGGGAGGAGGUAAAGGAGGAGCAGGACGAGUCCCCAGGGCCCACGCAGCAGGAGGGGUCGGGCGGAGGUGUUGGCGCCAGGGCAGGCGAGGAGGGCGGGGCUGCAGCUCGGCGUGUGCCGGGAUCCCGGUCACUGCAUGAGCUGAUGCAGCAGCAGCGAGGAGAGCAGCGGGAUCAGCAGCCGCCGCCGCCGCAGCAGCAGGGGGAUCGCAUUAAGGAGGAGGAGGAUCGGGAUGGGUUGCAACCAGGAGACUUGCCGCCUGGGGGCAGGCAGUUCCAGCGGCUGCGGCGGGCUACUGCUGAUGGAGCUGGUGGGGGUGGUGGUGGGGGUGGUGCUGCGAAGGAGGCGGAGGAUGCUGCAGCUGCUGCCCAUGCGUGCGCCGAGGAGGAGGGGCUGGCGGACUCCCUCCCUGACGGCCCGUCGGGUGCCGCCGCCCACGGCGUUGAAGCGGGUCCCAGCGACUGUAACAGCGGCAACAACAACGAUGACGAUACCCGCAGCAGCAGCCCGAAGGAGGAUGAGGAAACGGAGGGUGGGGAGUGCGGUGAUGAAGGAGCGGCAGCAGCAACAGCAGCAGGAGGAGUCCGUGGUGCUCGGGCUCGGGUGAAUUGCGGUCGGGCAAGACCCCGUCGCGCGGCAGCGGAGGUGGCUGCCAAGCGGAUACAUGACCAAGAGCAGCAGCGCCGAACAGCCCGGGAUGGCUCGGCCACCGCAUCUGGAGCAGCGGGGUUGGAAGCGGCAUCUGGUUCGGCAGCCGCCCCGGGACUCACCAUUGGACAAGAAGCCGCUACCGAACGAGGCGGCAUGCGCUGCGACGGCCGGGGCGCUGGUAGAGGAGGCGGCGGGCGAAGUAGCGCUGCUGCAGGUGCCGCCGGUGUCAUCGAAGGACCCAUGGGUCGGUCACAUGGCGACGCUGUUGCUGCUGCUUCAGCCCACCCUACCAGCAGCAACACCCACAGCGGUAGCGGCUUGACUGGCGGCAGCGGCGGCGCUGCAUGCACCGGCAGCAGCAGCGGCGGCGACGGGCGGGACACAGAGGGGAGUCUCGAAUCAGGAGCAGCUACAUCGUCUGGCGCUACUGGCUCGGGAUUCGCGGGUGCUGUUGCGGGUGCUGUUGGGGGUGCUGCUGUUGCGGGGGCGGGGCCGGACGGGUGUGGGGUGCUGCUGGAGCCGCCUGCAUGGGACGAGCGGAGGCCGGGCUACGCGGACCUGGCGCAGGUGGUACGCUACCGCCAGGCCUGCAGGGCGAGGAGGGGGCGGCAGCGGCGGGGUAAAGGCGGCGGCGAGGGUGAUGGGGGUGGCGAGGGUGGUGGUGGAGUGGAGUCGGCGUCUGUGGGUCAGCAACAGCAGCAGAGCUCGUGGGGCGUGGGGCUGCUGGGCGACGCCCCCGUCUGCUGCAGCACCGUCUACCGCGGCUCCAUGGGCAAAAUCAUCCCAGCAGCGCUGACAGCAGUGCUCCAGGGCAAGCUGGGCAACAUCCGGGAGCGGCCGCUUGUGGAGAUGGAGCCCCAUGACGUGCUUAGCGAUGAGCAGCUUGACAGCGUGCGGGUGCGGCUGGAGGAGCUGCUGCGGCGGGGGGCGCUGCAGCGCAUGCGGACGGAGGGAGCACGCAAGGUGCCGCGCUCGCACCGCCGGCUGACACAUGCGCAGGUGCUGCGCUACCUGCCCGAAAUCCUGCC